ACUAGUUGUAUAGCGGGGUUUUUGAAAAAACAUUUUUAUUGCUUGUUUGUUACUUUUCUCAUGGAACUUUGAACAAUAUUUUAAACGUCCAAUUUAUUAUUUUAGUGAAUAUUCAAUACUAACAUGUGUUCUGGAUAAAAGUUCGACGAAAGGAACCAUGGCUGUCUGGAAACCUCCAUAGCAACCAAGCAUCCUAGUUCAGGACGCUCCUGAAUUAAGAUUGAAUUUAAGACGGAGAAAACACUGAUUUCUAAUAAUGGAAAGUAAAACUAGCAUUGGGAACAAAAAUACCAAGGCUGGGAAGGGUGCUUUCAAGAACAAGAAGAGUCUGAUGCCUCAGGCGUCUGCUAAGAUUACAAAGAAGGUCUCGAGUACUGCUCAGACGACAGGCUCAGUCCCGAAUGCAGAGAAGAAAAGGAAGGAGCCCAAACCGAAGAUAUGGGACGAAGAAUUAAAGAAGACAGUCAUUCAACCUAUUGAUUUUCUAAUGUUAAGAGCAGAAAUGCUCAUGGAAAGACAGAGGAAAGGUGAAUGGUUAAAUGACGACACUGAAGAGAAGACUAUCGUAGUUCGUAAAUUGAACCCAGAAACUCCCGAGAAAACAGUUAUGGUUCUCAAACCCGCUCCAUCCUCUGCAGAAAUACAGUACAGUAAAGAUAUAAAUUAUGCUGGUCCGAGAUUCAAUGACAAAGGCAAGUUCAUCCCCCACAGUAUCCUGGGAGGACUGCAAGAUUUCAAAAAGAUGGCCCUGCAGAGAGGAGAGUUUCAGCACUUGUUCACCAGUCAGCGUUCUACGAAGAAGAAGAAGACGCCCCAGGUGGAGGAUUACUGUAGUCCAUUGAAAACAUGGAAAUUUCACUUGAAGGACUGGAACCAUCUACGGAACCACCUAUCAAGUAGCGUGUCCCGCCCUGUGGAGAACCUGCUGAUGAACACGCCAGAUUUCUACCCCAGACCGAUCUUAGACAGACACCAUGUACACGCAGCCAUGGAAACAAUGUACUCAAGUCAUGGAGAAGACAGAAAAGCCAGCAGGUUUUGGCGACAGAGAGUGCCCAGCUUAAGGGGAGAUGACCUGACAAGAAUCCAUGCGACCUUGAACCAAUCAGAAGAGGGAAAGUUCAUGGCGUCUGAGCAAUUCGUCGAUGUCCCAAACAAUGUCAAGCAGGAAAAAGGUGGGAUCAUAAGGAGCUACCCAGCCUAUUACACCCACUGUCUGGAAGAGCAGGAGUCGGCCGUCUCUGAUGUCAUACGCAUUCUCAACCCACAUCAUCCCUUGAUGGAGGAGUUAAGCAUUACUGGUAAGAACCAAGAGAAAAUAUCAACAGCACUCUCUGGUGGGGAUGGACCAAAUGUCUCAGGGGAAGUAACUCUCAUUGAAACAGUCUCCAAAACGCUACAGGAAGAAAAUUUCAAGAAAAGUGUGACACUUUCUCCAGCCGUCCAACAACCAAUCCUCAACAAGUGGGAGGGGCCUGCUGUAAUGAUUGGCAGCCAAGUGUUUAAGUGGGCGGGGUCUCACCGAGACCAGCAAGAACAGACAGCAGGGAUUGCUUCCGUGUUAUUCGAGGGCGAAAUCGGCAAAAACAUCCUCAGUUAUCUGGAGAUUUACAAUGUGGGCAGCACUGUGAUACACUACGAAUGGACGAAAAAUGAGAAGAAGAAAGGCCUGGAGAAUCUGCCAUCUUUCCAGAACACUAAGUUCUACUUCCUCACUGAAGGAGGUGUGAUGGCUCCCGGGGAGAUUCUGAAACUUCCCAUCCUCUUUAAAGGAAGUAUCAGUGGAAUUUUCUCCGAAUCCUGGAAACUGAUGACCCGCCCUCUAUUGUGUGGUGGUGCUGAUAUUGUGUUGAACCUGAAAAGUGUCAUCACUGUCACCAGACCUGACCAGGAAAUCGACAAAGUGGAGAAAUGUCUAAACCACAGGAAUGCACUUACCAUCGCCACAAAGAUAAUUGAGGACAUUUUCCGUGGUGUGAAGACGCCCAUGUCUCCUCUCUCUCCAAAACUAGCAUACAUUUCCGAGGAGGAUAAUUUUCAGCAGCGAUUCCCAGGGAUGAUCUAUCAUUCUGGUAAAGCUAAGGAAAUGGAGGCGCUGUAUAACACUAUCCUCACCUCCAUACCAGGAGAGUUCCAACAUCAGGAAUGUACCUGCUUGGCAGUAAAACAGGCCCUGGGCAAGCUGAUGAACCUUGACCCGACUAAUGAGAAGGAUGGAGAUAAGUGUUUGGAGGAAGCCCGUCAUAAAUACUCGUGUCUCGCCACGUUCCACCACCUGUGUUCCUCACUCCUGAUCUCGUGGCCGACACCAGUGUACAACCAACGCUGGGAACGAUACAAAAUCGGAUUGGUGUCCCUCCAGGGUGCGGUAGAUAAGUUUGUGGACAUGACAUUCAGAACGGCCAAAAGGCUGGGACUGCCUCUACGAGUGGAGGAGGGGGCGCUGGACAAGGCAGCCAAAAAAGCACCCCCAAAGAAAAGUAUUGCCACUAAACCCAAGAAAAAAGAUAACGAGAAGGCAGUAUCCCCGAGUUUGAUGCCGGGGGGACAAUCUAAAGAUGAGAGAAUAAAGUCCUCUGCCUCCAGUAAAGGGCGGCCCAAGACCUGCAGCCCAGAAUCCAACCCAGAUCCUGGUGAGAAAGCACCGGACAGUUUCAUACCAGUCCUUACAUCAAAAGUGUCCAAAACUAAAAUGGACACUUACAGGGAGCGUGUCCACCUCCAGGCCUACCACAUUCUGGAGUCUGCCAUUGAGCAGAUGUUUUUGUUAUUUGAUGACUAAUGAAAAGCUGCAAUGCAACACAAACUGCAGCAGCAAAGGGAGUUAACUCAUGACUGUGAUAUAUUUUUGUGGGAAGGAUACCAGCAUCUUGGAAUACACCUGUCUUGAUAAAAGUGGAUUUAAUCAUGAACUAAUAUGUAAAUUAAGUGUAAUGCAUCAUAAAGAUAAAGAAAAAACAAACGUUUUUUUAAAAACCAAAUCAUGAAGAUUAAUUUGUUUAUUUUGAGCCAAAAAAAUAAAUAAUGGAAAACAUAAAGAAAUUUUGUUCAAACAAUUCAACAUUUUCCCUCCGUCAUUUGUUUUACAGUAAAUGUAUUGCUUCAAAUGUAUUGUUAAUGUAUAAGUUUUGAUUUACCAGGCAUGUAGAUAGUUAUUCCACCUGAUCUGAAAAAUUUAAGCAAUCUUUUAUCUAUUGUAUACAGUUUUUAAGCUUUAUAUAUAUACAAUGUAUAUAUAUUUAACUACAACAUGUAAGAAUAGGUGAGGCAAAAGGAUUUUCUUCCCUUACCAUAAAUAUUUAUAUUGGUAAUAAAUUUCCAAAAAAACAACAGCAAUAUUCCAAAUUUGAAACAGCAUUUUUUAGCUGUUCUGAAAGCCUUAAUCUUACAGCUGUUUUAUAAGUGUUGUUUAGAUUCUGUAAAGGGAGACAAUCCAGUGAAAUGCCCAAUUUAUUAAGGUGCUAUCAAUUUUAUAUUUAAACUUAACUGGAUCAGUUUUAACAAGAAGUGCCAAUCAAACUCAUUUUUUCAGCAAAAAAUUAUGAUAUACUACUGUUAGUUUCUAUUUGUUAUAUAAAUAUGUAUGCAAU